AUGAAACCUAUUGUAUUUAGGAUUGACCCAAAUGUCCUAUCUCAAUUCGUUAAACCCUCAGGACAGAAGAAAGAAACUGCUUCCUAAAUGAAUCAAGUUUAAGAUUGCUUAAAAGUAAUAUUAAGUUAUUUAUAUAGCAAUUGAACAUAGAUGAUGAUGAAGAAGUUGAGUAAUUUACAAAUCAACAACCUUCAUAACCAGUAAUAAAAAAUAGAUCAAGAACACUAUAUUCGAAUGGAUCAACUCUGCCUGAAACUUUAUCUAAGAACUCAAAUUAAUAGAUUUAAGAGAUGAAUCUAUCAAUUAGUGGAUCUUCUUUGGGUUGGGAUGAAGUAUUUAGUUCAACUAUGCCAACUUCAUUCUAAAUGUUUCAAUUUAAAAAUAAGAGACGCUAUGAACCUUAAUAGCAAACAACUUAAUUCUAAAUUUAAUUACAGAAUGUAAAAUGUAUAUUUAUUCUAAGAUACCAAAAGACAAUCGAACAACCUUAAUGAUAAAGAAUAUACCAAAUAAAUACUCUUAACCUCUUCUUCUAGAAGAGAUAGAUUGCAAUAAUAGGGAUACUUACAAUUUUUUUUAUUUACCAAUUGACUUUACAGUAUAAUUUUAAUAUAAAUCAUAAUAGAACAAAUGCAAUGUGGGAUAUGCAUUUAUCAAUUUUUAUGAUCCCUAAGACAUACCAAAGUUUUAUCUAGAAUUUCAUAAUAGAAAGUGGAGUAAAUUUAAUUCAGAAAAAGUAAUUGUAUUCUUAAUAAUAAUAGAUUUGUUAAAUUACUUAUGCAAGAAUCUAAGGAGUAGAAGAACUUUAAGGACACUUUCAAUAUUCUACCAUUAUGCAUGAAAAAGUACACUUUAAUUUAAUCAAUAAUUAGGAUAGAAGAUUAAAACCCAUUUUCAAAUAAAGUUCAGAAUAGAAACUAAAAAGAAAAUGA